UUUAAAAGGACACCACUGAGCGGGAGGAAGACGACUGGCGCCAUCUUGGCUGUUUUAAUGAGUACAACAGGGGAGAAUUCACUGGGAGAAAUCACAUAAUCAUUGAUAUUUCACUUUAACGGGGGUACCAAAGGUAAACUUCCCCCAGUGUGAGUGUGUAAAACAGAGAAACCGGGGCAAUGUUCUACGCCCACUUUGUCCUGAGCAAACGUGGGCCGCUGGCCAAGAUCUGGCUGGCGGCCCAUUGGGACAAGAAGCUGACCAAGGCCCAUGUGUUCGAAUGCAACUUGGAGAGCAGUGUGGAGAGCAUCAUCUCACCCAAGGUGAAGAUGGCAUUACGAACAUCAGGCCAUCUGUUGCUUGGAGUGGUGAGAAUCUACCACAGGAAGGCCAAGUAUCUGCUUGCUGACUGUAAUGAAGCCUUCAUCAAGAUCAAAAUGGCUUUUAGACCAGGUGUGGUGGAUCUCCCUGAGGAGAACAGAGAGGCAGCAUACAAUGCCAUCACCCUCCCUGAGGAGUUCCAUGACUUCGACCAGCCACUACCUGAUCUGGAUGACAUUGAUGUGGCCCAGCAGUUCACCCUGAACCAGAGCAGGGUGGAGGAGAUCACCAUGAGGGAAGAUGUCGGCAACCUCAGCCUCAUGCAAGACAACGACUUUGCCGACUUCGGCAUGGACGACCGUGAGAUGAUGCGUGAUGCCAGCGCAUUUGAGGAGGACAUCAUGACCGGGGCCACAGCCUCAAACCUUCUGCUAGAGGCUGAGCCCGGCCCAGCUCACCUCCCAGACAAGUCUAAUCACAUGGAGUACGAUGACUUUGGGGACACCGCCAUGGGCAACAGUGAUGGGGGAAUGCUAGUGGAUAAGCUACUGAGCAAUGAGGAUGGAGGUGGUAUCUUUGAUGACCCUCCAGCCAUCACAGAGAGCGUCUUGAUGCCUCCAGAUCACGGAGAUGACGAGGACGACUUUGACAACCUCCACUCACCCGGUCCAGACAGCCCAGACUCUGGCCCAGCAGAGCCCCUACCAGCCAUGGCUGACCAAACAGAACAGACCACUCUGGUUCACAACGAGGAGGAAGCCUUCGCCCUGGAGCCCAUUGACAUCACUGUGAAAGAGACCAAGGCGAAGCGUAAGAGGAAGCUGAUUGUGGACAGUGUCAAGGAGCUGGACAGUAAGACCAUCAGGGCCCAGCUGUCUGACUACUCGGACAUCGUCACUACCCUCGAUCUGGCCCCUCCCACAAAGAAGCUGAUGAUGUGGAAGGAGACUGGAGGAGUGGAGAAGCUCUUCUCUCUGCCUGCUCAGCCCCUCUGGAACGCUAGACUGCUCAAGAUGUUCACACGCUGCCUGACACCUCUGGUGCCAGAUGAGUUGAGGAAGAGGAGGAAGGGUGGUGAAGCUGACAGUCUGGAUGAAUUCCUCAAAGAGCUUGAAAACCCAGAGGUGCCCAGAGAGGAGGUCAUGAGUCAGCACAGAGAUGUUAUCGACCAUACUAUCAUGGAGGAACCCAGCAUGCUGGGAGCCUCUGCCAUGGAGGGCAGCAGGACGACCCUGGAUGAGACGGUCAUGCCCCCUCCCUCCACCCCCCGCGGUGUCAAGCGCAAGGCUGCCGAGAAAGAGCCUGUGCCUAUGUCACCUCUGGAGCAGCAGCAGCAGCAGCAGGUGGCAAACCGCUCGGUCUUGUCUGAGAGGUUAGACAUGCAUCAGGUGGAUCUUCCCCCAGAGGAGAGCAGUAUUAACCUCACCCAGCUCGUCCCUGAGCUCGACCUACUGGGCGACAAGGGCAAGGAGAAGAAGGACGAGAGCGAUGAAGAGGAGGAGGAGGAGGGUCAGACUGGAGACCAGGACCAGGAGGAGAAGAGAUGGAACAAGAGAACCCAGCAGAUGUUGCAUGGUCUCCAGCGUGUCAUGGCUAAGACUGGAACAGACUCCGUCAGCCUGCUGGAUCUUUGCCGGAACAACAACAGAAAGCAGGCAGCUGCCAAGUUUUACAGUUUUCUGGUCCUCAAGAAGCAGCAAGCCAUCGAGGUGAACCAGUCGGAGCCCUACAGCGACAUCAUCGCCACCGCUGGACCGAGGUUCCAUCUCAUCUAGACGCUGGAACAACACACAAACACUUGGCUUGCAACAGAAAUACAUUUUUUUAAUUACUGAACUUUUUUGUCUUAUUUUGUGUUUUCUUGUUGACCCGAUUUUUUUUUUUUUUUUUUUUUUUUUUUUUUUUGGUCGUUUUAGGGAGGGGUGGGGACGGGGGUCUGAAGUUUUUAAAAGGAUUUUACUGUACUACAGGUGGAAUCAUGCAGUAUUCAUUUGGUUUAUUCAGAGUGAGGAAGAAUGUUUAUCAAGUAUAUUUAUAAAGCAACUUUUUUCUUGUCACCCAUUUUUGUAAGCUUUGCAUCAAUUCAUACGUUUCUUGUUAGUUUCCUCUGUUCUUGUAAAUCAAAUUUCCAGUCUGCUCAUUCCACAAAUUUGCCUAUCUUUUUGUACCAACCUCUUCCACCUAAAAAGUCGCAAAUUUUAGACCCAAGAGCCUUUUUAUUUUCAGAAGAAGUCUGACAGUCACUGUACAUGCUAUGAAAGGUACUGUUGUGUCACUUAAACAGAAGUGUAACCUCUCUCCCCUCUUCCUUGUUGCACUUGUCCUUAGGCUUUCAUGAUAAUCUACCACAAGGAAAAACAAGGUUCAUCUGUCCACAGAUUGGUCAUUUUUAACUGGCAUUAAAUAACAUGUUUCAGAUGUAUAAUUCAAGCAGUUUCUCAAUCAAGUGUCAUGUAAUAUUUUUUGAUCCUCUACAUUUUUUCUUAUUCACCUUUUUGCAUUAUGUAACUAGGUAAUGUACUUGUUACAGUUAAGUUCAGUAUCCCACAUUUUUAGUCUUUGGGUAACUCCUAGUUGUGAUACAUCUGUAAAGAUUUGAAAUAAAAGUGUUUUAUGUACUUGGUAA